GAGAGGAUCUGAGGAAGAGCCGAUGAGAGGUGCCAAAACCUGAUGCUGCAGCCUUUUCUGGUAACACAGACACACAACAAACAUGGCGUCAGACCCACCCAUCUUAACAGAGCAGCAGGAGCUGCACAGGAGAGCCAAUCAGGUCACAGAUGAGUCCCUGGAGAGCACAAGGCGGAUGAUGCAGCUGGUUGAAGAGAGUAAAGAUGCUGGAAUCAGAGCUGUGGUCAUGCUGGAUGAACAAGGAGAGCAGUUGGAGCGUGUAGAGGAGGGCUUGGAUCAGAUCAACUCUGAUAUGAAGGAGGCCGAGAAAAACCUGACUGACCUGGGCAAGUGCUGUGGCCUCUGCUCCUGUGAUAAACUAAAAGCCUUUGAGGAGAGCGGGGCGUACAAGGCAGUUUGGGGUGGAGGCUCCGGUCAGGAUGGCGUUGUAUCCAACCAACCACCUUCGUCUCGAGUCGUUGAUGAGAGGGAGCAAAUGAUCAUGAGCGGAGGACACAUACGGAGGGUGACUAACGAUGAUAGGGAGGUCGAGAUGGACGGGAACCUGGCUCAUGUCGGCAGCAUCCUCGGAAAUCUGAAAAGCAUGGCCCUGGACAUGGGCAACGAGAUGGACAUGCAGAACAACCAGAUUGAACGCAUACAGGGCAAGGCUAUUCUCAAUGUGUCACGCAUCGAUGCUGCGAACCAGAAAGCCAACAACCUCAUAAAACGAUAGAAGUAGCACUUUUCCAUGUCACUCUUUUUUUAAAGCGUAUUUAUCCUAGUAGCAUUACUAUGUUCUGCAUGCUGUGCCAAAGUGUUGCUGCUGUUAACUAAACAUAGUUCUUUUUUGAAGUAGAGUUUCCUUCCUGUUAUGUUAUUGCUGUGAUUUCACUACAGGGACUUACAUUCUGUGACUCUUAGUAGCAAGAUCUCAAUUUGCUCUUGUGUUUCUAUUUAUUCUCCUAAUAUUCUAGUAGGUAGUCAUAGUUUCGCAGCAAGCCCUUUGUUGUUUGUUGUUACAUUCCCCCCGAGGUGGCUUCUGCGGUCACUCGGCAGAGAAUAAGGACGUUCUGAUGAUCCCUGUGGGGAAACUGGAUCACUGCAGCACAAUGAAGACAAAAACAAAAUGUGAACUUGUGGAAAACAGCAGCGAAGAGCAGCUCCUUGACCCAGGGCGUGUAUCACCGAAGAGCUGCCUUUUACUUCUACGGGUCAGAUAAUUAUAUAUAUUAUAAAAAACAGCUGUAUGUGUGCAGGAUAAAAAAAAUACUAUCAACGAACAGCCCCUUCCCAAAUGCAACACCAUUGUAUAACACACCCCUCCCCCCUUUCUCUAGUCUAAGAUGUCCCAUAACACGUGCGUGUUGGCGCCCUCUGCAGGUGCAGUCGGGUAUUGCCCAGAGAAAGGAAACACGCAUUUGUCAUCAGACAAAGACCUUUUGCGACACCAAGCGGACAAACAUGGAACCUGCUCCUCUAAUGAUCUCUCCAUCUUCUCUCGUCUCAUGUUGAUGUAAAAUGGUGGUGAAAAAUGACGAUGAAUUGGUGUUGUCUUAUAAUGUGAUCUCAUCAAGCUUUUGCAGACACGGUUAAAACAAUUCUGCAAAAUAAAAACGGUUUUGUGCUUUUUGCUGCAUGCUUUUCAUAUAGUCAAUAAACAUGUUUUGAUUUACUUUGUUGUAUCACCUGCUGAGUUUGCAUUAUUAUUGUCCUAAGCCAGUAUUGAUCUACAUUUGGGCGUGGACUAGCCUAUUGCUAAUUAUUAUGGUGUUUACUCGAUUGUAUGGGUAAUUAUAAUAGGCUGUAUAAGUAUAAUAAUGUGUUUGACUUUUGAAGACUAGAAAAACAUGCGCAGCUAGAGAACUUUAUAUAUUUCUAAUUUCUGUAUAUUGUGAUGAAAUGCUAAAAAUAUGUACUUAAAGAAUAUUUUAGCGAAUAGAAAUGUGGCUAUGGACUAAUAUUGUCAAACUGGAGGGAGGGGCAAGGGGUUAUCUUUGGUGGGUCAUACUACAGCUUUGUGAAGAGGAUUAAUCAUCAGUUUUUCACAUAAAAUA